AUGCCAAGUGAGACAUCUGGUAACAACAAGGGCUCCGCCCAGUGCAAGUCCCUCGCCGGCGCCUGCAGCAUCGCUUUCCAGGGGUUCGAAGACGACUAUCUAUACAACGCGUAUACUUCCUAUGUUGCGUCGAUUGGCGAUGACGAUGCCAUUAAUUGGCUCUUUGCGCCUUUUGCGAAUAAUGGGCGUGCUAUUAUGUUCAGCUGUGAUGCUUGUGAAAUGCAAUUCCUCGCUAUAUUUACAUUUCAGCUGACCUACCAUAAAUUUUAA